AUGGGUGAUGUGCAUGAUAAUUGGGGAAAUCAACUUGAUCCGCAUUUUAUUCGGCUCGGCAUGACUUGCGCUAUUGUGUUUCGAUACCACCAUGUUCGAGGAAAAAAUUCACAAAAAAAGAAGUGCAAUUUGUUCAGUGGAAGAGGCCAUUGUAAAGGUGAAAAAUGUCCUGUGAAAGUUACGGUCGAAGCUGAAGAUGAACCAAAAAACAAAGCCAUUCAAAAAAUAGGAGCGCUAGGUGUUUAUGAGCGUAAUUUACGAUAUGCUAAUGAAGAUCCUCUGAAAGAAGGCAAUUUUACUGAAGUACCGUCAAUAGAUGUGCUGAAAACAGCUAAGCAACGGUAUAAUAAGAAGUAUCGUCUCGAUGAAGAUUAUUUUCAAGAAUUGCGCAUGUCUGGAUUUUUUACUCGGUGUACUGAUGACGAAUCUGAAGAUAUUAAAGGUGAGAAUUUUUACAUUCUAUUAAUAAUUGACAUCCCUAGAUGUUUCAUAAAUUUUUUUUAAAAUAUAAUUUCGAAGCGAUGCAUAUUAUUAUAUAGAGGUUGUAUUACAUUUAUCACCUUAGUUCUAUUAGUCCGAAUCUUCUAAAGAAUGUGAUAAUCAUUUUUUAAUUGUACUUCUAUAUCUAUAUAUAUAAAGAAGAAAGUUUGUUUGUAUGUUUGUUCUCCAUGCAUUCAGUCCCUGUAAGAGCUAAAGCAGCCAAAAUUUGCAUGGCACACCCUUGGGUCCAGGAGAAGGUCAAGAGGGGGUCGGCGA